AUGGCCAACAAACAAACAGUGGUUACAAAUCUUGGAUCACAACUAGUGUUGAAACCUGUUAUAGUAGAAACUGAUGACCAUGCUAUGGUUACAUCAAACAAAAAACCAUGGUCAAUACAAACUACUGACGGGGAGACACCAUCUGUAGAGACACCGGUGCAGGCGUUGCAAACAUCACUCGAUCCGACCCGAGUGUCACCGGAAGAGAAUCCGAGGUUUCUAUUGGAGGACAACACGAGUCACACAAUAAGUGUUGAGACGAUACCAAACAGUGUUAUAAAUAAUUUGCAACAAAAUUAUGAAUACAAUACUAAUAACAAACAACAUAUGCAUAACGCGUAUAACACUGUCACUCAACACAACUCAGAUUCCGGUUCUCAACCAAACAGAAACUCCAAUGCCUUGACUUCGGCCGACACUCUGUCUGACCGUUUUGGUCGACGCCAUGAGACUAAUCAAAGGCAUGACUUCAACGAUGACUUGAAUAUUAAUGCAAAUAAUGUUAUAAUUAAUGAGAUGUCGAGCAAUGGAAAUAAUAAAACACAAUCCAAUCAAUUAAUACAACCGCUGGUCAGUCAUAGCAAAAGUAUAAACACAACGAAAACAAUUGAAGGUGAUGACAAUCAUGGUGAUAAAAACUAUUAUCAAGAUCUUUUUAUGGAUUGGAAAGAGCUGGGUAAAGGUGGUUAUGGCACAGUUUAUAAAGUGGUGCAUACAUUAGAUGGCGGAGAGUAUGCAAUAAAAGUAGUCAAAUUUAACGAAACCAGUGCUGAGCACAAACAUCGAGUGUUAAAUGAGGUGAAAAGUUUGGUAAAAGUGCGCUCACAAUAUGUGGUCCAGUAUUACAACUCAUGGCUCGACAACAAUCUGUUGUACAUUCUUAUGGAGUAUUGCCCGCAAAGUCUGCGGUCAGUGCUUACGGAUAAAAGGCUGGCAUUUGGCAGACAAUCGGCGGAACCGAUGAAUGCGUUCGAGUAUUACAUGUCGUGCGAGAUAUUCAAAGAGCUCUUACAGUGUGUCCAGUAUUUACAUGAGAGGAGUCCACAGAUAAUACAUCGCGAUCUCAAUCCGGACAACGUAUUGAUUGCACAUAAUCUAAACAGCGAUAAUAACAGGUGCAUUAAACUAUGCGAUUUUGGCCUUGCUACUUUACACGAUCCGGAUAGACACUAUAGAACUAAGUAUAGGCAUACGAAUGAUGUAGGCACAGUAAGUUACCAAGCACCCGAAGUGGCCGUUAAUAAAAAGUAUGGACACAAAUCAGAUGUCUAUAGUGUGGCCCUAAUUGGGGGCGAGAUAUUUGAUGUCGAUCUAUAUGUUAGGAAUUUAGUGGCCUAUCCGAGUGAUCACGUGUUAAAAACAUCGGUUGAAUGUUUGCACCGUAGGUUGCAGUCAAUGACGGCCACCAUUUGGGACGAUAGGCCAGAGUGUCGGGAAGUGUUGGCCAAACAUAACGAAUGGUCAAUCAAUAAGUCUGUUAUCACAACCACCGAUCACGACAUCAAUAGAGAUACGGGCAACCGAUACGAGCACUCAGUUGUGGGCAGUAUUGCAUAUAUGGCACCGGAAGUCACUUCGAGGAGUAAAUAUAAUCAUAAAUCAGACAUUUAUUCCCUCUCUUUAAUCGGUCAGCAGUUGUUUGCUAUCGAUCUUCAGGCCUCGCAAUCAUUUGAUGCCAAAGAAUCGGUAUUCAAGACAUCAAUACUAAGUCUAUACCAGACAUUAGCGGCAAUGAUGUCAACACCCAAUUGGCGACAACGGCCUGAGUGUCGGCAAGUGUUGGCCAAAUAUAACGAGUGGUCUAUCGAUAAAACUUGUCAGCUCAACUGUUCCCUCGUAUACAACGCCCACCCGUUUAUAAAAAAUCAUUAA